UUCCAGGACCCUGCAUUCACUAAAUCUGGUCUCCCCGGACCCUGCAUUCACUAUAUCUGGUCUCCCAGGACCCUGCAUUCACUAAAUCUGGUCUCCCCGGACCCUGCAUUUACUAUAUCUGGUCUCCCCGGACCCUGCAUUUACUGUAUCGGGUCUUCCUGGACCCCUCAUUCACUAUAUCUGGUCUCCCCGGACCCUGCAUUCACUAUAUCUGGUCUCCCCGGACCCUGCAUUCACUAUAUCUGGUCUCCCUGGACCCCGCAUUCACUGUAUCUGGUCUCCCCGGACCCUGCAUUCACUAUAUCUGGUCUCCCCGGACCCUGCAUUCACUAUAUCUGGUCUCCC